UUGGCAAAGGGAGAACGCAAGAACGUGGGACCUGUCGAUUGAUACCUCGCGAACUCUGUGAUGCUGACAUUUUUUACCUUUUAUUGUGUGAUCUUAUUAUCAGUGUUUAUCACUCGUUUCUUUUAAACCACCUUAUUUAUGGACUAAAUUUUUUAUAGGUUUUCAUGCAGGGGUUCCGUAGCUUUGAGUAUUUGAGUAAUUUGACCGAUAUCACUAGUGAUGACUCUGAUUAUUGACGGCUCUGCCUCUGUCUGCUGAUUCUCGAGUUCCCGAUCGAAAACUGAACCAUCUGCUCCAGUUGAAACGGUUAUUCCAUUUUAUUCUCUUUCUGACGGUUGUCCUGAGAAAGACGUGCAGUUCGACGCAGAGCGGCCAUUUCUUGAUCAGGUACAGAUUGCCAACAAGGGUAUUGCGGGAACCGUGUCUUUGAAGUUGUCUGCUAUGGCUGCUAUAGACAGGAAAGACAGAUCGGCAAAUGGACCUGACAAGCCACGGAAACGCCGAUUUGAAGAGGUCGUCGAUGAUUCUGAAAGUCGUUCCAAGCAGUCCAAGAGCGGCGGAGACCUUCCGCCGUCUGAAAAUGGGUCUUCCCGACGCAAAUCACCUCCUCCCCCGGGUCGCUCCGCACCAUCCUCGCAGCCAUCGUCAUCCGGUGGUGGCGAGAAGCCGGAGAAGGUGCUCUCUUUGGACGAGAUCAAGAAGAUGAUUGAAGAGCGCAAAAAGGAAGUGAUGAAGUCGAUGCCUCCACCGCCGGCUCCGGUUAUGGACGAGAAGGCCAAACGCCAGAUGGAACUGCAGGCGCGCAUCAGCCAGUUGCAGGCCGCUGUGACUGGGAAAACGGAUCUGAUUAGCGGUAAAUUUCCUAAAUUAGCCGUUCCCAGUACUGCGGCAGCUGUUCCCUCCGCUCCUGGCCCGUUGAUCCUCGAUUCAGAAGGCCGCACCAUCGAUCUGGUAACGGGAAAGGCCGUAACGCUGGAGCAACGCGGUCCUACCUUGAAGGCCAAUAUUCGCAACAAGAAACGGGAGGAUUUCAAAGCCGUCCAGGAUAAAGUGGCCGAUGAAGUGCGCGAUGAACAGCCUGAUUUCUACGAUAAUCGCGUGGCCGUCAAAGCGCCAACCAGGGCCAAGCGAGCGGUCUUCAAGUUCCACGACAAAGGCACGUUCGUCAAACAGGGCACGAUGUUGCGCGCUAAGGCUCAGUUAGAGAAACUGCAAAGCGACAUCGCCCAGGCGGCCAAGAAAACCGGCAUUACAUCCGCCGCGGCUCUGGCGCGCAUCGCCCCGAAGAAGACCGAUUCGGUGGACAGUGGCAUGAUACCGGAAGUGGAAUGGUGGGACGGCGUGUUUGCCCAGACCGCGGAAAUGCUGAGCGACGCCGAUGCGGUGGAGUUGGAAUCCCGCUUGCAGAAGCUGGUGACUAAGCUGGUGGAGCAUCCCGUCCAGUUGGCACCGCAGAUUGAUCGUGAUAAACCGGUGGCAUUGCCUAUCAUGUUAACUAAGAAUGAGCGGAAGAAGCUGCGCCGGCAAGCUCGACGGGAGAAGCUAAAAGAGGAGCAGGAAAAGCAGCGAAUCGGAUUAAUUGCGGCGCCUGAACCAAAAGUCAAAAUGGGUAAUCUGAUGCGUGUGCUGGGCAAUGAAGCGGUGCAGGAUCCAACGAAAGUUGAAGCCAAUGUUCGUGCGCAGAUAGCCAAACGAAGAAAAGCCCACGAAACAGCCAACGCACAGCGGAAGUUAACCGAAACCGAGAAGCGCGCCAAGAAAAUCAAGAAGAUAAAAGAGGACACCACGGAGGAAGUGAACGUGGCCAUCUACCGCGUCAAGGAUCUGUCGCAUCCGGCCAAGAAGUUCAAAGUGGAGACCAACGCGACUCAGUUGUUUAUGACCGGUGUGGUGGUGUUGAACAAGGAACUCAACAUUGUGAUUAUCGAAGGAGGCCCGAAACAGCAGAAGAAAUUCAAGCGUUUAAUGCUGAACCGGAUCAAGUGGAGCGAGGAGAAAACAUCGAGUGAAGAGAGCGCCACCGUUGGUCUUUCACCACAGCGUUUAUGUGAAUUGGUCUGGGAGGGCAGUGUGAAGAAACGCCAUUUUGGAACGGUUAAAUUCAAGGCAUGCGCGACGGAACAAGCUGCCCGCGAAUUGCUGCGAAAACACGGUGUGGAGGAGUACUGGGAUUUGGCGUACGGAGCGGCGAUUUUGGAGUCUACCGAUUAGUGUCUGGAUAGCUGUUUUCCGGAUAGUGUUCAUGGUGUAUUUAUGAGAAUUUCGGAAUUAUGGUCGUGGGUUUUGCCACUUUUUGCUGUAUGGUUAUUGCGCUGGAACCUGAUUUAACAGUGAGAAUGCUUUUGCUUCUGUGUGUUCGUGAUGUUCGAAUAAACGAUUAAAUUUGCGAAUUGUGAGUAUUCAUGAUCACUUAACUGACUUGUGAGUUCCAGAAUUCUAACAUUCUCUAUUUCCCUUUGGCUUUCAU